CAUGGACCCAAUUGCCAUGCAAAGUUACUUAUCGGCUCACUGGCAGGCCGUAGCACUCCAUAGUUCAUAUCUACGUGCCCUGAUAAGAAAUUUCCGAAUAACGAAAUAUCCGACAUGCAUCGUUCUAUCUGACCUGAUCAGUCACUUCGAGGUUAACGUGAUUCUUGGUCAACCAAGCGCUCACCACUGGCAGUCGGCAAUUGUUAUGUUCUUAUAAUCCUCCUGCAAAAGACACAGGCUUGUUCUCCUUGCUCUCCGGACGUUUCAUCUUCAAGCAUAAAUCUUUGUAUAUCAGCAAGGAAGUUAGCGUGACACAUCACACCAGCUUCUGUCAUUUGUAGUGCUAUUCAAUGGAUCCCCCAAAGUCCAAAACGACAAUUCGAAUAUCCACGAAUCUAGGUCCUGCAAGCCAAUUCGAGGACUCGCUCAUGACCGUGAUCGAGCUGAAGGGCAGGACGCAUAGUGAAAGGGGCGAGCAUUAUCUGCAAUUAUCGUUGGUAGCCUUGAAAGAGCUGGCUGGCUUGCUGGAGGACGAGCGCCUCUCAGCAAAAGACAAAGCUACCUUCAAUCGAGCUUAUAUCGCUGGUAGGGAUCGAUAUGAUGAUGUGAAAAUAAUCAGAGACAGGCUUCUGGCGCAAAAGAAAUCCUUUCGAAUGUUCAUCGUUAACCUGUUCGUUCGCGAGUCGGAAGCGAAGCAUUUUCAUAAAGUCUCGUAUCGGAAUUUUUCGUCUAUCAAAAGGACUUCGGAAGACCUGAACAGACUGCUACUCCCGGAUAAGAAUGAUAUCCUUGCCACAUCAGGAAGCGCCAGUGAAUCUGCGCAAGCUCACGGCGACGUUUCUGUUUGCGAAGAGAGUCCGUGUGAUGUGGUAGAAGGUAAUAUUUCAGUCAGAGAUCUUCCUCCGAAUGAAACCCUCCGAGGCAUUAAUGUGGAUGUACAUACGGAACAGGAGGCCAACGAGGUCCUCGCGACGUUGAACCGAUUCAACCAAAGCACGAUAUCCGAGGAAGAAGCCGGAGAAUCAGAUGAUGAUCGAACCAUCAGAGCCCCGAUCUCGCAAAGCAGACCGUCGUCCCCUAGCCCCAGCUUCACGAUCAUAUACAAUUAUAAUGUUUACAGCCACAGUGUGGUAUCUGUUGAUUCAGAAGUGACAGGAACAACCAUUAACAGCGGGGUAAAUGGAGGGGUUGGCUCUGCUAUUGAUGCCAAUAAGUCACUAGCUCCAUUGGAUUGAUUUGCAGGUUGUAGCAUGUUGGUCAUGCCUAGUCUGCAGCGCUGUACCAGUAAUAUAUCAUUGAUUAGAUAUUUAGG